CCUGAAAUAAAUUUUAAACCAAUAUCUCAAUUAUUUUAUGUUUUAUAUCUGAAUACUUUUAAAGCUUCGAUUUGAAGGUUAAAUAUUACUUCCGGUUGAAAUAUCUAUAGCAACAAUGUUUGUUACUAUUUGAUCGAUUAAAUGUCUUCUUGACAAUUCUAAAUACGUAAUCGUUAAUUUUAGAAAGAGUUUUAAAGAAUAUUAUAUAUAAAAAAUGUCGAAACCUGAAAGCCAAGCGGGUGAUAGUACUUUAGGCGACCUUUCGAGUGGUUAUUUUAUUGGUGGUGAAGAUUUUGGUGAAGAAGAAGAGGAGAUUUAUGAAGAACCACCGGUUAUUUUAACAGCUGAAAAUUUAAUUUCUGGUCCUUAUUUAACAACCGGUAGUACCGUACCGAGAAAUAUUUUGGAAUUUGAUUUUUCUUAUGGUUACGAUUGUAAGAAAUUUUAUAAUUUGGUUGUUGCCGAUCCGGAUACUUUAAUGUUUAUCUCUGGAAAUCUCAUCAACUUUUUCCACGUUCCAACGAAGCAGUUAACGUUUCGAAGAAGCGCUUUCGGCGGUGGAUUAGGACAUAUGACUAAAAAUCCCAACGUAGAAUAUCCACAUAUAGCGAUAGCUGAAAACGGUGAACAUCCCCCAAUAAUAAUUUAUGACUGGCCUGCUUUAGAAGUAGUUUGCUUCCUUCGCGGUGGAACUUCAAAAUGUUUCCAUCAUCUAAAUUAUAGCCCAGAAGGCGAUUUGCUCGUUUCUCAAGGUGGGGAGCCUGACCAUUUAAUCACAGUUUGGAAUUGGCGAAAAUCUCGGAUUCUUCUUCGCACAAAAUCAUACGUGAGCGAUGUUUAUCGAGUUUUAUUUUCCCCUUAUUGCCCUGGACAAUUAUCAACAUGCGGAUUGGCCCAUAUAAAAUUUUGGAAAAUGAUACGAACCUUUACGGGAUUAAAACUUCAAGGCGAACUGGGACGAUUUGGUAAAACCGAAUACUCAGAUAUCAUGGGAAUAUAUCCUAUGCCUGAUGAAAAAGUUAUUUCUGGAUCUUCUUGGGGAAACAUAUUAGUUUGGGAAGCUGGUUUAAUUAAAAUCGAGGUGUUUAGAAAACUAAGAAAAAAAUGUCAUGAAGCUCCUAUUGUUAAAUUUGACUUUAUCGAUGGUGAGUUAUGGACCGUUUCGAUGGAUGGGAGUGUGAAAGUGUGGCAUUACGAUUCAAUUGAACAAGCUGAUCCCCCAGACGAUGAUCGAGUUGUCCAAAUCGAACCAAUUUUUAAUUUCAAAACACCAAAUUGUCAAUUCAUGACUAUCGAUAAACGGGGGAGAGAUGAAAAGGACACUUUUUAUUAUGCCCAAGAUGGGAAUGGUGGUUUAUGGUUAAUUGAUUUAACAACUGAAUUAAACGUUACACCAUCUCGUCAAUUAUACUUUUGCCACGCUGGAGCAAUAUCUGAUAUGGCCACAUGCCCUUAUGGAAAUUACUUCGUCAGUUUCGGAAUCGACGGCCGUCUCCAGCUUUAUAAUUAUAUAAAAAAGUCUUUAUUAAUGGUUCAACAAUAUCCUGCAAAAGGAAAAUGCAUGAUGUGGGUACCAAUUUCGGUCGAUCCAUCUGGAGAUGUUCUUAUUUUAGGGUUUGACGACGGGUGUUUAAGAAUAGUCGUUUUAACUAUCAAAGAAGAACAUAAACAUACUGAAUAUAAAACAACAACUAUACAAAUUACAAAGCCACAUAACAAACCAUUAAGAUGUAUGUCAUUAAAUAGCACUGAAGAAAUUUUAGUAACAGCUGGAGAAGAUUCAACUAUUUUUGUUUAUAAAGUGGCAGUUCCUGUAGAAGAUCAAAGUUACGAGUAUAUUGAAUUAUUACCAAUUGGUUAUGUACAGACUUCAGAUAUAGUAACGUACAUAACAUUUCAUAACACAGACGUUUUCACCGUAAUUCUUGGUUGCGAACAUGGAUACAUCAAUAUUAUCCCUCUACCACACGAGCAACAACAGUACACAACAAUAACUUAUGUGCUUCAUGUAAAUCCGAUUGUUCAAAGAUUUUACACGUACAAAUCUCAAAUACGAAGAGAUAUUUAUCUCAAAGAAGUAGCUGCAAGGAAAUUGAAGAAAUUAGAAAAGAAAAAGAAAGCGUUAGAAAUUUAUAAGAAAGAAAAUGAAGGAUUAGAAGUGGAUGAAGAAUUAUUUUUGGCUGAUUCUGAGAGUGAGGAAAUACUCGAACCGCUUUUUGUGCCAGACGUUCCUAACAAUGUUUUGUGGAUCCAACACACUGUAGAUAAUACUUUAUGGGUAUCUAUGAGUGGGUACGAUGCUGGGUACAUUUAUGAGUAUCAUAUCGGGCAAAAAGAUGAAGUGCCAUUUCGUUUUAAAAUGAUUUAUCAUAGUGAUGAUAUCGAAAUUAAUAACUUCAUUUACAAUUCAACAAAAAAAUAUUUGAUUUUUGCUAUGCAAAAUGGCGAAAUUCGUGUGGUUAAAGUAAAAAAGGAUUUUAGAAAUUUAUCUGAUUAUUGGCAACUUUCAAUGCACGAUAAUUACAACGGUUUCGUUCCAAAAAUGUGCUUCAGUUAUGAUGAAAAAUACUUUUUUACGUGCGGUCAUGAUGGAAACAUAUUUUCGUAUCUUUUUAACCCGGAAAAUGACGAAUAUUGCGAUUCAAGUAUGGCUAAGUUAAGACAACAUAAACAAUGUUCAAUGAAUUCAUUGGACGAUUUAAAUUCUUAUAAAAACUUAAGUUUAGAGGAAACUAUAGUAAAAAAGGAACAGGAUCGAAAAGAUAAAUUAGCCAACGAUCGUAAACAAGAGUAUUACGAUAAAAUUCACGUAUUAAAAAAAGAAUUUCUUUCAAUAUUGAAGAAAAAUCAAAAAUUGUUACCAACACAAAGAAUUCCAAGGGAGAAAUUAGAAUUGGACCCGCGCAUUACGAAGGAUCUUAAUAAAGUUUUAGACGCAAAUUUAGUGUUGGUUAGAAGAAAAUUGGCGUAUCAAUUGGAAAAAUCUGAACUUCGUAUGGAAAAAUUAAAAAAACAUUUUAUUGAUCCUUUAGAUAUGUUUCCAAUUGCCGUUUCCGCCGUUAGGACACCCAUAAAAGUUACUAUUUUAAGACAGAAAAGAUUACCUGACAAAUUUGAGGAAACUAAAGAGUAUGUUGAACAAAAACUAAUUGAAGCGGAACUCAAAGGCAGUUUAGUUGUUCAAAAACGGGAGGAUAAGCCUCCAGAACGUGCUGCUGCUGAUAAAGAAGAUAUGCCCGCUAUAAGAUCAAAAUCAAAACAACUAGAAUAUUUCUUAUCUGGUUUAAGCGCUUACACGCUCCAACACAAACUAGAAGCAAAAAUAAUGCGAAUUUUAAAAAAAUAUAGGAUGAGGAAAAUUCGGAUUGAAAAAAGACAAGCAGAAUGGGAUCAAUUUAAUGCAACAAAACCAAAAGAUGGUGUUAAUAAUCCGGAGGAUAAUAUAGCUUAUUCAAUAGCAUUAGAUACAAUUGGAGAUUAUAAAUUAAAAUCAGCACAUGAUUAUAAAAUACCAAAACAUUUAAGAGAAACUAAAUUAAAAAAAUAUAAACAAUUAUUAACAGCGCGUGAAAGACAAUUUAAUCUCCGUCAUAACUUUAACAAAAAAGUCCACGAUUUAAGAAAUAAAAAAGUUCAAUUAAGAGAUACUUUACAAGAUUUAGAGAAUUUAUUAAAAGACGUUCAAAGUGAAAUUCCACCAAGUCAUCGUGAAAAUGGCCCCGACGUUAUUGAAUUAAAGGAUGAAGAUUUUCCUGAAAAAAAUUUAGAUUUAGUUUUAAAUCUACCAAUAGAAAUGAGAAAAAGACCCCCGCUAGAGGUUGUGGUGGUUUCUGAACCAACCGAUGAUCUUCUAGAAAAAGAAGUCCUCCCAUGUCUACAAUUCGGAGUUGCUUUAGAACACGACGAAGUUAUUUCCCCCUGGGAAGAUGAAAUUAAACAAAUCCGAAUAAAACGGAAAGUGUUUCAACAAAAAAGGAUCAUAUCGAAGAUGAAUCACCAAAUCGAUAAAUUCGACAAUGCAGUGGAAGAAAUUUACAAAGAACAUCUUCAGUUAGCGAUGGACGCAAAAUUUUUAGAUCUUUACAUUUUAACGCUUAAUCAAGAAUUGAUUAUUUUAAAACAUUUCGAAUCCGGCGAAAACAAACUUGCCGAUGAUAUCCGGACUUUACAAGAAACAGUUUUAGACCAACACGAUAUCUUAAAACAAUUUAGUAAUAGAAUUGAAACUUACAAAAGGGAAAUUGCAAAUGCUGAAGACGAAGUAAAAGUUAUACAAAAGAGUUUUCAAGAUGCGGCUGGCGGCAACAAAUUCUUUGAUUUCUUAAGAAGAAUUUUUAAAAAGAAAUAUAAACCACCAAAAAUUGUAACAGACGACGACGAUUCGGAUUCUGAUAGCUCAUCAAGUUCGUCAAGCGAAGAUGACGACGAUGACGAAGGAAGUAGCGAUGAUUCGAGAAAUGUUGGUGUAAUUCGUAUGGAUGAGAGCGUUUGUCCAAAAGGAUGCGAUCAAUCCCUUUAUGACACUACAUUUCAACUUCGUAACGACAGACAUGCGAUUGAGCAAUUAAUAAAAGAUCGCCAAACGGCCAUCGAAACAACAAAAAAAGAUAUAGAUAAUUUCUUAAAAAAAAAUCGAGCAACCGAACUCGAAUUGGAAGGCGUUCAAGAAGAAUUAGAAGCACGCCAAAGAGAAAAACAACGAGAAUUAAACGAAAUAAUGUGCGUGGUUAUUUUAAAAAUGAAUCAAUUCCAACAUUUAAUAGAAAACGAUAAAUUAGUUAACAUUAAAAAUACUUUGCUGUUUUCAAAAUCAAUUUUGGCAAGAUUACAUAAACGCGUCGGGCAAUUACAAUUUGAAACCGAAUACCAACAGAAAAAACAUCAAAAAGAUGUUCUCCAUUUAAUGAGAAUGAAAACCGAUUGUAAACAAAUGGAAAAAACCAUCUUGCAUUCCUACGAAGACGUCAGCGAAUUAAUGAGAAUAAAAUUUGGAAAAUGCGUUAACAUCGAUGAAAUAACCGAAUCUUCUCUUAAAAGAAUGAUUUGCGAAAUGAAAUUAACCAUGAUGGAUAUAAGAUCACUUUAUGAAAAAGAAAUUAUUUUUUGGGGAAAAAAAUUCGCCUUCAAACAAACUUAUCUAGCCCAAGAACUUAGAAACAAUACUGAAAAAUUGGAACUUUUAGCGUUACUCAACGUUGAAAAAACCGAGUUGAUGAAAAUUUUAAAAGUGCAAGACGAAAAAAGAUGUCGAGUUGCAACCAUUUCAGAGGCGAAAGAGCACAUGAAAAACGAUAUUUUGAAAUUAUCGGAAGUAGCUAGGAUUCAACAUAAAGAACUUAGAUUGCUUUGUGAGGAAAUAAGAAAGUUGAAAACGAAAGGUUUGAAAUUAAGGCCGUGCCCUACACGCGGACAUUAUGAAGAAGAGGUUGAAGAGGAAGAGUUGCCUUUAAUGGAGCUUGAUGAAAAUGAUGAUGUUGUAUUUUUGGAAGAUUAUGAAUGGGAAAAUAUUGUACAACCAGCUGAAUCUUUCAUAAAUCCAUUUGAAAGUCGUAACGCAGCAAGAGAAAUAUUAAAAGAACUAUUUGAUGAACUCGAUUUACAAAGAGAAGCUAGAACGAUUUCUGAAGAUGUAAUCGAUCAUAUUUUAAAACAAGUCAGUGUAACGGCGAUUAUCGAAGACAUUUUAGAUAUGAUUCCGCAAAAACUCGAAGAAGAAAAAUUGGAAAUUGUUGAAUACGUAGCUGAAAGAUUAUUUGCAUUGACAAUGAAUAUUCUCGCCGAACAAUCAACUUCCGAACAAGUGGUUGAGGAAAUUUUAGAAUUAAUUUUAAAUGAUACAUAUGAAGUUCUGGAUAAUAUUGAUGAUGUAGUGAACAUGUUAAACGAUUUGGUCGAAUCAGUUCCUCUGAAAUCUAUUUUAGAGGAAUCUUCGAUAUUAAAGAUUAUUUCAAAAAUAAUAAACGCUACAUUCGAAAUUGAGCAAGAAGAAUUGACUAGAAAAGCAAUGGAGGCAGCAGAAAAGAAGGAAGAUAUGGAACAAGUUUUAAAAGUAGUUUUGGAACGAGUAUACGGAAUCGGAAUCGAUUAUUUAUAUUACAUCAAUAUUUAAACAUGUAAACUUUAUU